AUGGCAGCUGGUUCUAAUGUGGAAGAGUUCAAACUGCAUUGCUAUGCAGUUUUGGAGUCGAAUAGACGCAAGCUGGAGUACUCCUACUAUGGGGGCAAAGCCCAGACAUUGGCAGCAGCCAAGUGCUAUCUUACGGAGGGUAAGAAGCUGAUGUCUCGGUAUGAUGCAAUUGGUAGGAAUCCUGCAGAGAGGAAAGAUUUCAUCAAGAAUAGCUUUGGAACGGAUGCUUUGUGUCCUGGCAAGGCGUUGGCUGUUCAGCGCUCAAAGUUGAUUCACAAGCUUGCCUACCGAGAGGUUCCAGUGAUUGAAGCUGGCAUGAUGCUAGCUGCUCUGAAGGAAACUCCCGAAUUGAUCAAUAAAGACAAGCUAGCUUUGAGCUAUGAUGAGUCGUCAGGGCACUUUAGAGCCGAGUUGGGUGGGCCCGAAGAAUCCAUGACCAAGUUGUUUCCAGAGAUCAAAGAUGCUGCAAACUGGCUACGGAACAUGGGGUACAGUUCCGAGGCUGGUGUUCUUGCGACAUCGUUGCAUUCAGCUGAAAAAGCAGGCAAGUCAUGCGUAGUGACCGAAAAAGCACUGGCAAAGAUCUCCGAAAAGAGUAAGAAGACCUUGGAGGAGACAGUGGACAACAUGAAAAAACAAGAAGCUUCUGAAAAGAAGGACAUGAAAAAGGAUGAGAAAUAUCGUGUUGUCGACUUCGAUUCCAUUGGGAAAAACUGUACCUCUGACAUGAAUGACAUUGUAUCAGCACUACUUCGGAAGACUUUGAAGCAAAAGCUAGCUGGUAAAAUGCAGAUCUCACCGUCCACCGAGCAGAGCUUCGAAGAACAUGUUGUGCCAGCUGACGGGCUGUGUUUCUGGCACUGUGUCUUGGCCAGCCUGGACUUUUCAACAUGGAUUGGUGUACCACGUAAAGACAGCGGUUAUGCAACUAACACAAGACUAGUCAAGAGUGAAGAGGACAGAGCACGAGCAUUGAUGACAAAAGUCAUGCGCACUGCCGCUGACCUUGGUGUGGAAGCCAGCAAGAUUGAAGAAGUCAUGGCCACAGGCCAAGGAGGUUCGGAGUACCAAAUCCAUGUCUAUUUCCGAUACCAAGCCAACCCUGAAACUGGCCAAGAGUAUGGACACUUCAACUUUCUCAUGUCAAAAGAAGAUGGAAUCCACAAGGAAUCAAAGGUAGAAGUGACAGACAAGAACGUCAUUGUGCUCUCCGGCCCAGUGCAAGACAAAACAUUGUCACUACCAAAUUCCAGCGCACCAUCAGAAACAUUGCAGCUCUCAUCAGGAACAGAUUCAACACACCUGCCAGCAGAUGAAGCACCGGAGCAAACAGAAACAACAGAUCCGACACAAGCACAGCCCGAGCCGACAUCAAUUGCAGAGCAACCACCACCUGCGCCCCAAGGACAACCCAAAGAAGCAGUGAAGCAAGCAACAAGUCCAGAAGCAGGAGCACAAGAGCAAACAGCAGAUCCAUCACAGCAAGCAGCACAUCCAGAGGUAGAAGCACAAGAGCAAGCAGCAGUUCCAUCACAGCAAGCAACAAGUCCAGAGGCAGAAGUACAAGAGCAAGCAAUUCCAUCACAGCAAGCAGCACUUCCAGAGGCAGAAGCACAAGAGGAAGCAGCAGUUCCAUCACAGCAAGCAGCACUUCCAGAGGCAGAAGCACAAGAGCAAGCAGCAGUUCCAUCACAGCAAGCAGCACGUCCAGAGGCAGAAGCACAAGAGGAAGCAGCAGAUCCAUCACAGCAAGCAGCACGUCCAGAGGUAGAAGCACAAGAGCAAGCAGCAGUUCCAUCACAGCAAGCAGCACGUCCAGAGGCAGAAGCACCGGAGCAAACAGCAGAUCCAUCACAGCAAGCAGCACGUCCAGAGGUAGAAGCACAAGAGCAAGCAGCAGUUCCAUCACAGCAAGCAGCACGUCCAGAGGCAGAAGCACCGGAGCAAACAGCAGAUCCAUCACAGCAAGCAGCACGUCCAGAGGUAGAAGCACAAGAGCAAGCAGCAGUUCCAUCACAGCAAGCAGCACGUCCAGAGGCAGAAGCACAAGAGCAAGCAGCAGUUCCAUCACAGCAAGCAACAAGUCCAGAGGCAGAAGUACAAGAGCAAACAGCAGUUCCAGCACAACAGGAAGCAUUACAUCCACUACCCCCACCAUCAGAAGCACCAUCAGAGCAAGCACAAACCGACUUCGAAGACAUGUUGGACGCCUCAAUUGAAGAUGGUGGGGGGCCUCCACGAAGAACACUAAGUCUAUCUGAUGACGACUUCGAGCAAUCAGUAAAGCUAGAGCCAGACUGGCAGCCAGACUUAGCCACAGAAUCUUCCGAGUACAGCAAGGUUAAGUUGACCGGAUCCUUGCUCAUGCUUCUCAAGGAAUUAGAUGAGCAAGAUCCAAACGUAGCAGGUGAAGAGGUCCAAAAAGAGGCAUCUGCCAAGGCAAUGGAUGCUUUGAAGGAAACGCUGGCAGAGUUGAAGAUUGUGAAAAUCGAAGACACAUCAACGGCAUUGAAGUCUCUAGGUUGGUUCAAAAUUCCGGUGGACCGAACAAUUUCCAUUUGGCGACGUGAGCAAGAUGAAUGGGAAAGCAAACGACAAAAACGCUUGGAGACCACGGGAAAACCGGAAUUAUCCAAGAAAGCUGAAGAAAAGUACAAGGCUAGGACCAAGAAGAGAGAGGCCGAAGGUGAUGCAAACCUACAGCAAGCUUUGCAGAAAUGGAUGGCUGAGACUGGUGACGAUGCAGGAGUGGAAGCAAGAGAGGGUACAUCGUCCUCGAAGAACAAUGCAGAGCCAGGAGUGGAAGCAAGGGAGGGUGCAUCGUCCUCGAAGAACAAUGCAGAGCCAGGACAGAACUCGAAAGACUAUGACAAGAAGGAUGCAGCUCCAG